GGGGUCCAUAUAUAACCCAGAGGUGAAACUGAAUCAUCAGAGCCCCAACUAUGUGUUUUUGUGCCCAACAGUUAGGUUACUCUGUCUGUGUAAAGUAGGUUAGCUAGGCAACCCAUGUGAGGUGAAUUACGGAAAGUAUUGAGGGGACACGGACAGACGCAUGUGAGGGAAGUUGGAACAUUUUCUGUUUUUAUCCGGAGUUCAGCAGGAGAGCGAGAGUAACACUUCAGCGCAACGCUAGCUUCAGGCCCUGGAGGGAAGCAUGUGGCUCCUGGAGAAGUUCCGUGGCCCUCACAAUGGUCACUCUGCAUCGGCAGGGGACAAGCAGCAGAACCAGACUGGCCCCGUCUCCGUCUAUAACAACAUCAUCACCCCUGAUAAGAUCCCUGACUUCUUCAUCCCCCCCAAACUCAUCUGCUGCCCUUCAGAGGCAGAGUGCCUAACUCCGGAGACCCAGCCCCGCUCUACUCUGUGCCCCUCCGCCUCGGAGCACACCAUCUGCAGCCAAACCCAGGGCAACUGCACCCGGAACCCCCGCAGCCCACGUCUGCUCUCCCGGCUGACUGGGGACACCCGCAGCCUCUUGAGGGCCGCUAACCGCCACGUCAUCCAGAUAGAGAGCGCUGACGACCCGGGGAGCGAGGUAGGGGAGGGGGGAGACCCUAACACCAAUGCAGACCCCCAGUCCCAGACAGCCAUGUCCCUGCCUUACGUCCCCAAAGCCCAGACCUCGUACGGUUUCUCCACGCUGGUGGAGAGCCCCCACACCCGCCGCAAGGAGUCCCUGUUCCACAGCAACCCCAACAGCCCCCACACCUCCCCGGGCUCCCAGAGACGCACCCAGGGUGGGAACCACCUGACCCCCUCCGACCCCAACCCCUACCGCUAUUUCAGCGGGGGUGAGAGCGACACGUGCUCCUCAGCCGAGUCCUCCCCCUUUACCUCCCCUCUCCUCACCCGCUCUGCCUCCCUCCUCCGAUCCAUCACCCAGGAGACGCAGGCCAAGGUGUCUCGUGCCAAGCGUACCCUGGCGCGCCACAGCUCCCUGUCCACAGACGAGUGCAGCUCAGCCGACAACAGCCCCAACCUGACACGCCGCCGCCUGCGCUGCCCUCCCUCCCCCGCCUUCCGCGGACGCAAGGGGACCGGCUCCGGGGGGGCGAGUUCAGACCUCCAGCGUGAGCACUCGGUCAACCUCCACAAGGGCGGCACGCUGAGAAUCAGCAUGCACUACGACGCCGAAACGGCCCGGCUGAGGGUCCGAGUGCUCGCCGCCGAGGACCUGUAUGACAAACAGACGGACGUGAAGAGCAUCAACUGCUGCGUGUCUCUGUACCUGAACCCGGGCAAGCAGCAGAAGCAGAGGAGCACUAUCAUCAAGAACAGCAGGAACCCCGUGUUCAACGAGGACUUCUUCUUUGACGCGGUGCCCGUCACCCAGGUCAAGAGCCUGGCCAUGAAGAUGAAGGUGGUGAACAAGGGGACCAGUCUGAAGAGAGACCUGCUGCUGGGGGAGAGGGAGGUGAUGCUCAGCGACCUGCUGCCAGGCUUCUAGGCACACAAAGAUGCUCCCUCCGCUGGUUAUCUCCCUUAUCACUCUUCACUCGUUUACUCCCAUUUGCCUGAUCUGAUAGGGAAUCAAUUAUGUUGGCCACUAAGUAGAGCUAUUGCUUCACAGUUCAACUACCAUAGGUUAUCUACCACAGUUCACCUACCACAGCACACCUACCACAGCGCAUUUACCACAGCACACCUAACACAGUUCACCUACCACACCACACCACAGCACUCCUACCACAACAUACCUACCACACCACAGCACACCUACUACACCGCACCUACCACAGUACCCCUACCACACCACAGAACCUACCACACCUACCACAGCCCCCUACCACACCACAGCACCCCUACCAUAGCUCACCUACCACAGCUCACCUACCACAGUUCACCUACCACAGUUCACCUACCACAGUUCACCUAACACAGCCCCCUACCACACUACAGCCCCCCUACCAUAGCUCACCUACCACAGUACCCCUACCACACCACAGCACCUACCACACCUAACACAGCCCACUACCACACCACAGCCCCCCUACCAUAGCUCACCUACCACAGUAUCCCUACCACACCACAGCACCUACCACACCUAACACAGCCCCCUACCACACCACAUCACCCCUACCAUAGCUCACCUACCACAGUUCACCUACCACACCACACCACAGCACCUACCACACCUAACACAGCCCACUACCACACCACAGCCCCCCUACCAUAGCUCACCUACCACAGUACCCCUACCACACCACAGCACCUACCACACCUAACACAGCCCCCUACCACACCAUAUCACCCCUACCAUAGCUCACCUACCACAGUUCACCUACCACAGUUCACCUAACACAGCCCCCUACCACACCACAGCCCCCCUACCAUAGCUCACCUACCACAGUACCCCUACCACACCACAGCACCUACCACACCUAACACAGCCCCCUACCACACCACAGCACCCCUACCAUAGCUCACCUACCACAGUUCACCUACCACAGUUCACCUACCAUAGCUUACCUACCACAGUUCACCUACCACAGUUCACCUACCACAGCACACUACAGCCCCCUACCAUAACUCACCUACCACAGUUCACCUACCACAGUUCACCUACCACAGGUCACCUACCAUAGCUCACCUACCACAGUUCACCUACCACAGUUCACCUACCACAGUUCACCUACCAUAGCUCACCUACCACAGGUCACCUACCACAGUUCACCUACCACAGUUCACCUACCAUAGCUCACCUACCACAGUUCACCUACUACCCAGUCAAGUCAGAUCUGUGAAGGGGAUUGAACAAGAACAAAGGGGAGCAGACAACUUGUUGGAAUGAAAUGCGGCCAGGCUGUUUCUUCUGUCUGGAUUGACUGAGAUUGACUGAGAUCAAACCCUGUGGUGGAGCGCUUUAGUGAAAUUGGUCACCUUGGAGACCAGCAUGUAGCAGAUCAGAGUGAGGAGGUGUGUGUGUGUGUGUGUGGGGGGGGGUUCUCCACAUUGUGGGUUUGAUUUCAUUGUACCAUCACAUUAUCUUACCUAUUGACAGCAGUAGUAAAGCUAUGUUUUUCUUGCUACAUCUCCCCUCUUUAUGUUGUAUUGCUGAACUGUCUUUAUUGAUUCACUUGAGGGUAUAUUCAUAUUGUGUUAUUCAGUACAUGUGCAGUAGCUGGGUUCCAUAUCAGAAGUGAGGAAGCUGGAUGAUACUAGUGUGAGUUGUUAACAGUAUAUUUUGUAAUUAUUCUGUACUUUUACCAGAAUGUCAUUUUGCAUGCUCUUUGUUCUUAAACACAUUUAUCAUGAUCAAUGGAAGAUUCCUUAGUUUUAAUUAAGAGCUGUAAAAUCAGAAUCAGUGUUAGAUUGAACAUAUGGAUAUGAUUGAUGUUUGUGUGACACGUUGACUUCUAUCUAUUAAAAAUCUUCUCUUUGCGUUCAGUGAUACUACA